CAUGACCAAAAGGUGGCAGUGUUGAGUUUUCUAAAACUGACGGGACAAACCUCAGACUUCACUCUUUACAUUAUUUACAUGACAGAUUUAGAAAUAAUGCUCAGAAAAGAAUCCCCAUGUCAAAUCUAAUUAAUUUCUACUCAGUUUAUGGCACGAUACAGACAUUUAACUGAGAGAAACAUAUUAUUAAAACAAACAGUAUUUAAUAGCUGUAGGUACAGAAUGCUGCAAAAAGCCUCCUAAAAUACAAAAUAUAUGUAUCUAUCUAUCUAUUUUUUUUUUCUUUUAACCAUCAAAUUGUUAAUUUAUUCAUACAGAGGGUGCUCUUUGGAUGCUUAAUGUCAAAAUUUACUUUCUUUAAGACCAAUGAAAAAAAAGUUUCUGCUUAAUUAAAAAUAAAUGUCAUUCACAAAAGCAUACACGGGCGUACAGUCAGCUGGUGGCCUCUGUCAUUUGAAAAAAAAAAAAAAAAGAAAAAAAAAAAGUUUGUUUCUGAGUGCUCCUGAUAUGUUAAUUAGCUUUGCGAGUGUGCGACCCUAUUGGCUCUUCGUCCGAGUCAAUUUCCCGUUCCCAGCUUUACGUCAGGGCGGCUACAAAGCUCUUAAACUCAUCUGCUGUGUGAUCCCAGUAAAAAACCGUCCCACUAGGUACUCCGCGGCAUCAAACGUCCGAGGCAGACUCUCGGCUUCCUUCCCCCUCCACCUCUCUUCGCUCGCGUAAUGUAUUCCUAAAGAAGGCGCAAAGUGUUAAAUGUUUGAAACACCAAACUGCCGUGUUUCUCAUGCUGAAAGAGGACUCCGCUGCUCGUGCGCGCGGCACCGCUGCGUCUGAGCAAUAGGUUGCAAAGAAAAACUCUUCUUGCACGUGGCUGCGCAAAAAGGGAGGCUGCAAUUCUUCCUUUUUUUGUUUUUGUUUCUUAUUUUUAGUUUCCAAACAAACGCUUAACAAAAAUCAAACUGGCUCACGUCCUUCACAACCAGCCCAGUUUGACAGCUGCUCUUCACCCCGUUUGGAGGACUGUCAGCAGCAGCAGCAGCAGCAAGAGGAUGGCAUCAGAGCUGGCAAUGAGCAACUCCGACCUGCCCACCAGUCCCUUGGCCAUGGAAUAUGUUAAUGACUUCGAUCUGAUGAAGUUUGAAGUGAAAAAGGAGCCGGUGGAGCCCGAUCGCAACAUCAGCCAGUGCAGUCGCCUUAUCGCCGGGGGAUCCUUGUCGUCCACCCCGAUGAGCACGCCUUGCAGCUCGGUGCCUCCUUCCCCAAGCUUCUCGGCGCCAAGCCCGAGCUCGGGGAGCGAGCAAAAGACACACAUAGAGGAUUUCUACUGGAUGUCCGGUUAUCAACAGCAACUGAAUCCAGAGGCGCUGGGUUUCAGCCCCGAAGACGCAGUCGAGGCGCUCAUCAACAGCAGUCACCAACUUCAGUCCUUCGAUGGCUACGCAAGGGGCCAGCAGUUUGCCGGGGCGACCGGAGCAGGAGGCACCAUGGCCGGAGAGGAGAUGGGCUCCGCCGCUGCCGUAGUGUCAGCUGUGAUCGCUGCAGCAGCUGCCCAGAACGGGGCGCAACACCACCACCACCACCAUCACCACAUCAACAGCAGCCACCACCAGGCGCCGAGCGUCCAGUCCAACGGCACCUCUGGGACGAAUCACUCCCACAUGCGCCUGGAGGAUCGGUUCUCAGAUGAGCAGCUGGUGACCAUGUCGGUGCGGGAGCUCAAUCGGCAGCUGCGGGGGGUCAGCAAAGAAGAGGUGAUCCGACUGAAGCAGAAGAGGAGGACCCUAAAGAACAGAGGCUACGCGCAGUCCUGCCGGUUCAAGCGGGUCCAGCAGCGGCACGUCCUGGAGGGGGAGAAAACGCAACUCAUGCAGCAGGUCGAGCAUCUAAAGCAAGAGAUAUCCAGGCUGGUCCGGGAGAGGGACGCGUACAAGGAAAAGUAUGAGAAGCUCAUCAGCAACGGCUUCAGAGAAAAUGGAUCCAGCAGUGACAACAACCCUUCAUCUCCGGAGUUUUUCAUGUCAUCAAGAAAAUUCCUGCAUCUGUGAUUUCAUGCCUCUCCCGUCAUCUUUGACCUGGGUUCUUUAAGAUAACACAACGAUAGCGAUUGCAUCCAAGAGGUAGACCACUUGCACCAAGAAACCUACAAAGCACAACAUCAAUGAUGAAGAACAGCAAAUAGGACCUACUAGAAUCUCUCCAACCCCCCCACUGAAGAUCUUAAAAGUCACCUUUUUUUUUUUCAAUUUUCCUCCUUGGUAUUUUACCUGCAGCUUUUCUACAAAACAAGAGAAAAUAAGAAAAAAAAUAAGAGACUCAUAAUCAUGAGAUGAUUGAGAACAGCAGAUAAAUACUUUAGAGAGACUAUUUUCUUUCGAGUGUGAAGAUCAAUGAUGCAUGCUUCUGUAAAUAAAUCAUGACAACACCCUUUUUCCUGAAAUAGGCAGCAUAUCCGGUUGCUGUCACCAAAUUCAUAAACCUUAUUACUGUGGAGUGAGUACUCAUAAAUUGAUUUACCUCACAAAACCUAAACACUUUUUAUCAACCCAAAGCCCAUGAAAUGUUCAUUUGAAAUAGGAUUUUAUUGUCUUUAGUAUUAUUUUACAAGAGACAGCCAAAUCUUCCUGUUUAAUAUCCACAUAAUUAUAUGUACAUAGAAAUUAGUGAAGACAGCAGCAUGGACAAACCUAUAGUGUAACUGUAAACUAAUAAACCACUCAGUAUCUCAUUAUUGCAUAACUUAGUUAAUGAAUUUGGGUUUUCUUUGUCUUCAGUAAAUUUCAUAUGUUUGAUAUUAAGUAAUUUUUGUUGUAUUUGAAUAGAUACUUAAACAUAGGCAUUAAAAGCUGGAAAUAAUCUGGUUUUGUCUUUUUGCUAUACCUGGAAAGUCAGGUGAAUGGGAAAAAUUAUUGUCCUGACAAAAACUAAAAUGUUUAAGAAAACACAUAUUUUUUAAUGUUAAUGUUGGACCUUUUUCCUUGUAUAUAAUUUCCAAUGCAAUAACUGUGCCCCCUCUAAAUGUCAAUUUCUGCUGUAAGCAAAGCUUCUGAGCGUCUGAGUGGAACUGAAGCUUUUCUUUCUUUUUUUUUUUUUUUUUUGCACAGUUCCAAACUGUGCUCUAUACCUGAGCCUACAGAUGAGGAUCCAAAAUGGAAUUCCUCCCUAACUGCAAUAUGGAUAUGAGGACUUAUCCCCUGUCUUCCAUGAACUUUGAUAGUAACCAAAUGCACUGAGAGAUAAAAUACCCAGCCAACGAACAGAUGACCUCAAUGAUUAGUCCCUUGUCAAUGAAGGCAGAAAAUAUUUGCAUGAACAGCAGGGGAAACCUAUUGUAGCUUGUUGGACAGAUAUUCUUCGCCACUGCACACCCUCUCUACCUCUUGAGAUAUUUAUGUCCUGUUAAUGGCUCCUUCAGUUAUCCCAACAGUUCACGUAUCUGUUGCAUGUUCCAGAGUUCCACAAAGAAGGUUCAGCACUGAAUCCUGUGUAGUGAUGUGGAAAACAUUGAUUAUUUCCUUUGAACUAAAUACACCCAUUGCUUGUUGCUGUAUAUAUGUACACUAGGAUGAGUAUGUGUAGUCUCAGAUGCUGUACUCUGCAUGUUAACUUGUAGAUGGAACAUAACAACUACUCAUAGAUAAGGACAUGCAGAUUGAAGCACUACGUUGGUUUAACAUCCCCUUAUUUUUGUCCUGAGAAUGUACAGUACCAUGAUAACAACAAAUAUUUUAGUUUCUCUCAUUAUUAACUGGAUAACUAAUUAUCUUUAAACCUAUUAAAGUGAAUCACACUCUUCCUUUUAAUUUCUGAGACCUGCCCAUAGCAAGCUCUAGGAGGAGAAUGGAAGUGGGAGUUGGAUUGGGGUCUCUCACUUACUGUAAGUGCCAGAAAGCAAAAAAGCAUGUCACAUCUUGCCAACAAUUGUGUAUUCAUCAAGUGUCAAAAAACGUAUACAUUUCUAUGAGCCUACAGUACACACUGGCAGACAGGUCCAAGAGCAAAGAGUGAGACAGAAGGCAAGACCUAAGAGAAAAAAGGAAAAUAGUGGCUGAAUUCACUAAGACAAUAUUGAAGUAUUUUAGUGGCCUGACCAAGUACGUGAUCACUUAUUUCCUGACCUCCGUGGAGAGCUGAACAACCCCUUGACCUCAAACUGUUAUACCAUAAUGUAGCUCUCUGGGCUGCUAUGACCUCACGUCCUGUCUGAGGUUAACUUCGUGUUAAUGAGAAGACCCCUUAGCUCAACCAGAUGUUCAGCCUUCUGGUUAAAUACCUGUAACCCUCUGUGAUUUUUGAAAAAAGACUGCUCACUGCAUCUGCUUGAUUUCUAGAAAUAUUGAUAAAAAUACUUCCCCAACUAAAUAACUGAAUUGAUGCAAACCUUUCAAUCCCUCUUCUAAGAUCAAAAGUGGUUUCAUUCUGCCAAAAAAAAACUACAAGUCUUACUUUAAAUCCUGCACAUGAAAUCAAAACACAUUCCACACACACAUUACUGUAUGUCUUGCUGUAUGUUGUGAGGACCAUUUACCGACUCCCAUAGACUUUCAUUGAUUUUUAAUUAUUUCCAAUCCUUUCUAUGUUCUAACUCUGAAAAUAUCCCUAAAUCUAAUCAUUACCCAUGCAUCCUUAACUCUAUUCUUAACCUAAACUCAGUUCACACCUUGGUUCUAAACCUAACCUUUUCCAAUUUUCCAAAAAACAAACAAAAAAGACAGGAAGUGAGGAACAGCAAAAUGCCUUGACUUUGGUACAAACCGUCCUCAGUUUGAAGGUGAAAUUACCAAAAUCGUCUUCACUCUGAUGCCAAACAGGACUACAAACACACACACCUUUUUCAUCAGACUAUGUCCUACAGUACUGUGGUGCCAACGAUGAAAAUAUUUUUUUGUUAAAUUUUGCAUGUCAGAUCAAGUAAAAAUAUUUACAGUCUGGUAAGCAAAUUAGGACUUAGGUCUUAGCUGUGAUUAGUUAAAGAAGAUUUAAAACUCAGAAAAGGAUGAAGAUGCCACUCAAAAAGGAUACACAUGAAAACAAACAAGACACUGAUGGAGUCUCUCCAAGGCUUGCUUAGACAAGAAACAAAGUCCUUUUACUUUUGAAAAUUUGUCAGUGUGUGACUGGUAGAAAUACUUUUUUCUAAUUUAUUUCGGUGAAUACUCUUCUUUUACCUGACUAGUACAAAAAUGCAGUGUUUAACACUUCUAUAUGUAAAAUGGGUAUUGAUGCACAAAAAUACAGACAAAAAACACUUCCCUGGUCUUUCGCUUACACACACUCAUAUACACACAUAAAAAAAACAGUAUGUUAAUCAAAACAGAAAGGCUGUAUGUAAACAGAUCGCCUACAUAAGGAGAUUGUUCAGUGUGCAAACAAUAGGCUGUUAGCAUAAUCACAGGCCAAAGAUAUAUUACCCAGAGGGCCAUGCUGUAUGUAUAUUACCAUGAUGGAUAUGAAGAAGAGAGGAGGGGAGCAAGGGUAGUUCGAUACUGAGCCUCACUAAUUCCGAUUUACCCCCUAUCGGGCCUUAUCCACCGCCCUCUAUGGUAAGCUGUCCUUUUUAGACCACACUUAAUCAGCCUCUCAUCUUUUCCUUGUAUUCCUAUCUGCCUGUUUCUCAAAAACUUGGCUCCCCUUUCUCUUAGCCCCAGAUUUCUUCUAAUACCUAAUUAUCUAAUUUCAACCCUUACCUACAUAUUUUCUAUCCUUUCAUCUCUUUUUCAUCACCGUCUUUUCUUGGACAGAUAUAAUCGGCUUCAGUAAAGUCAUCAAAUCCCUUUCUUUAGUCAGUGGGGUAACCAGAUAAAGAAGCCCCUGCAAUCUUGUUUUACGGAUUUAACAAACAGAAGCUUGAGUGAUACUAAGCUUUUUAACCUGCUACACACGUGUCUAAUAACUAAACAAGAGCAAGAAGCAGAAACAUGUUUUGUGGGUCCAUACCGGGUGAUUCAAGAUUAUUUCUACAGUCAGUUAAUCAAAAAGCUCACUGCUGAUGAACAUAUCUCCAUUUUACUUGACUAUCAUGUAAUUCGUUAUAAUUCUGGAUCAUUAGGGUCAUACUGUAUGCCUACUUAAGCUUUAUGCAUCUCUUGACCCAACGAUACAUAUUAGGCCAACAGUAAUCCUGUCAUGAUUAGUGUUUCCUGUUUAUAGUCGGAAGACAAAGAAGUCAAAUUCCUGGUU